GAAGAAGAUGACCAACAAGAACAACUUGAGACAAAGACAGCAAUACCUAGUGAGCAUUGAAAAACCAACCGAACUAGAAGAAAUUGGAGAAAAUUGGAAGACAGUAAAUGUUGAAGGCGAAGAAAAACGAAAAAACAGAGCUAAUCAAGGGGGAGAUGAAAAGGAAGAGGAGGAGGAAGAAGAAAAAAAUGAAGAGAAAAGAAGAGGAACAACUUCUAUAAAAGUUACAGCAGCACAAGCUGACCCUCCUAGAGAAGAGGAUUUGCAUAAUAAAAAUGAAAAUAGUGGUGGCAGUACAACAAUUGAUAGUGUGACAGCAACAACAACAAUAACUACACCAAUAACGGAAACAAUAACAGCUUCUACUACACCAACAACAACAGCCAAUAAUAAUUCGUCUCUAAUUAAUUCAACUUUAACAACAUUAAAUAACAUAACUACAGAAACAACAGAAUUCAAUGCUACCUUAAAUUAUACUGAAGGGGGAACAAGAGAAAGUUUAUUAAACGGAAAUUUAUUUGAAUAUCCGGCAGUGGGGCAAUGCCGUUUUUCUGCUUUGUAUCAAACUGUGUUUAAUGGUGCUAGGCUAUUGAAACGAUUGUUGGUUGAUACUCCAUCCCAAUGCUUAGCUGCUUGUCAUUAUGAAAGUUGUCGCUCAGCAAAUUUAAUUCAAAUGGAGGAUAAGCAAAAAAUAUGUGAACUAUUUCGAGAUUCGGUCAGUUUUUUCUUCAAGGUUUUUUCUUUAGGUUCCCACUAG